AUGCUCCUCGCUAUCGAAUCAUCCUGUGACGAGACCGCUGUCGCCAUCAUCACCCGUGAAGAAGGUCAGCCUCGACUCCUCGCCUCUUUGAUUUCCUCACAGAUCGAUAUCCACCGAGCUUACGGCGGUGUCGUCCCUGAAGUAGCCUCUCGCAAUCACGCGCUCAACCUCCCUCCACUCGUCGCUCAAGCACUCGAGCAAGCAGGAAUCAAACUCGAACAAAUCGAAGCCUUCGCCGCCACCCGUGGUCCCGGCCUCGCCUCCUCUCUGCUCGUCGGAUUUUCCUACGCCAAAGCACUCAGCACUGCCACCGGCAAACCAUUUUGCGGCGUCAACCACAUGGAAGGUCACCUCCUUUCCCCCUUCCUCUCACGUGAUGAAAAUUCACCCGCUAAAAACCAAAAAACCACCACAGAAAUCCCACCUCAUCUCAGCCUCAUCGUCUCUGGCGGACACACCCUCCUGAUUGAUGUCCAGAGUCACGGAAAAUACAAACUCCUCGGCCGCACCCGUGAUGAUGCUGCGGGUGAAGCCUUCGAUAAAGUCGGCCGCCUACUCGACCUUCCCUACCCCGGCGGACCAGAAAUUGAAAAAGCAGCGCACCAUGGAAACCCCGAGGCCUAUCAAUUCCCUCGUGUCUUUUUAAAAGAAGCGCAUCAUGAUUUUUCCUUUUCUGGGCUCAAAACGGCGGUGCGCUACACCUUAGAAAAAAUCCCAGACCCCACUCUACAACUCGCCGAUCUCUCCGCCUCUUUCCAAGAAGCGAUCUGCGAUGUUCUUGUUCGUAAAACUCUCCGCGCCGCACAACAAUCCCAACACAACCUCAUCGCCCUCUCUGGGGGCGUCGCGUGCAACAAAGCCCUGCAACAAGCCUUCCAAAACGCCUGCCAAAAAGAAAACCAUCAACUCCUCGUCGCCCCUCCAUCCCUCACCACCGACAACGCCGCCAUGAUCGCCUUCGCGGGACUACUCGCUCACGAGAACAAACAACAUGAUUCCCUACAACUCUCGAUAGAACCCAGUUUACCACUGGCUACAUGA